GGGGGCGGGCCUGGGCUAUGCCACGCCCACGUGCGGAGGGGUGCGGCUGCGCAGCUACAGUGGGUUUCGCCGGCGCCCCUCCCCUCUGCUCUGUUCCCCGCUGGGCGGGGACGCAGACAAGCCCAAGGCCGGAGCGAUUCCAGGAGGACUGCGGUCGGCGUCUGUAUUGCCGGGUAGGUGGAUGUGAGCGGCUGGCUCCUCUCUGUCUCCGGAAGGCACCCUCCGUCAUCCCCGGCACCAUGCUGUCCCCUCAGCGGGCUCUACUCUGCAACCUCAACCACAUCCACCUCCAGCACGUCUCCCUAGGCCUGCACCUGUCCCGCCGCCCUGAGCUGCGAGAGGGGCCUCUGAGCACACCCCCGCCCCCGGGAGACACAGGGGGCAAGGAAAGCAGGGGCCCCUGCAGCGGGACCCUGGUGGACGCCAACUCCAACAGCCCAGCUCUGCCCUGCCGAUGCUGCCAGGAGCACGGGCCCGGCAUAGAAAACCAGCGGGAUCCUUCCCACGAGGAAGAGGCCGCCUCGCCCUCCGAUCCCGGAUGCUCCUCCUCUCUCAGCUCCUGUUCAGAUCUCAGCCCCGAUGAGUCGCCAGUGUCAGUGUACUCUCGCGACCUGCCCGGUAAUGAUGCCCACCCCCAGUCCAGCGGCUUUCCCUUGGAGCUGGGCUCUCCUCUGCCUCCAGCGGGCCCUAGCACCUGCUCUCCUGACAGCUUCUGCUGCUCUCCUGAUUCUUGCUCAGGAGUAUCUUCCCCACCUGGACCUGGCCUGGACUCGAACUGCAACGCCCUGACCACCUGCCAGGACCUACCUUCCCCAGGCCUGGAGGAGGAGGAAGACAGUGGGGAACAGGAUCUUGCUACCUCUGAGCUCUCAGAAACCGAAGAUGGGAGAAUCGACUCAGGGAAAGCAGAGCCCAGCUGGAAAAUUAACCCCAUUUGGAAAAUUGACACAGAGAAAAAUGAAGCUGGGUGGAAAAGCAUCGAGCACAGUGACUCCGGUCGGAAAAUCGACGAAAAUACAAACUCGAUCUUGAAAACGGAACCCGGGAAAUCGGCUUGUUUAAACAGCAGUUCUGGUUCGAAAAUAGAUGCAGGGAAAACCGAUGGGGGAUGGAGAGGUGACGUCAGCCAGGAGCCGGUGCCCCACCGGACGAUCACGUCCUUCCAUGAGCUGGCCCAGAAGCGCAAGCGGGGUCCAGGGCUGCCCCUUGUGCCUCAGGCCAAGAAAGACCGCAGCGACUGGCUCAUAGUCUUCUCGCCGGACACCGAGCUCCCGCCGACGGGGUCCCUGGGAGGUUCCCCGGCCCCUCCCCGGGAAGUCACCACCUUCAAGGAACUCCGGUCCCGAAGCCGAGCGCAGCCGCCGCCGGUCCCCCCCCGGGACCCUCCGGCCGGGUGGGCUCUGGUCCCGCCUCGCCCGCCUCCCCCGCCCGUUCCCCCGCGGAGGAAGAAGAACCGGCUGGGGCUGCAGCCCAUCGCAGAGGGGCCUCCGGAGGAGGGCAGGGCGGACAGCCCCGCGGCCGGCGGCGAGGCCCCCGCCGCGCCGGAGCGCGAGGAGCCGCGCGCGCGCGCCGUGGCCGGUCCUCCGCGCUUCCCUCGGCCCCCGGUUGCCCGGGUUUCGGCCGACGGGCGCCCCCUGUGGGAGGGUGGAGGCGCAGGCGCACGCGGGUCUCCGCUCUUUCCGCCUCUGACCCGGUGGCCGGAGUCGCGGCUGCGGCUGCGGCUGCUCCGGGCGAGUCCCCCGGAGGAGCAGCCGCUGCCGGUGCGCCUCUCCCCGGUGGGAGCCUAUUCCCCUCCCACGCGGGGGGCCUUGCCUUGCCUGGCCAGCCCCGAGCUGGCCCUGCUGCUCUCCCCGCUCUUCCCCAGAAGUAGCACCUUCCCCGCCGCGGCGCCCCCACCCCGCCAGGUUCCCGUCCCCCCGCUGCCAUCACCACCGCGUCCGCCGACCGCCCCUCGCUGGACCAGAAGGCCACCGCCUCCGCCCAGGCAACUGCGUAGUUCCUGGUCGUUUGCCGGUGUUCCCGGGGCCCAGAGGCUGUGGAUGGCAGAAGCCCAGAGUGGGACUGGCCAGCUGCAGGAGCAGAAGAAAGGUCUCUUGAUAGCUGUCAGCGCUUCAGUGGACAAAAUCAUCUCGCAUUUUGGGGCUGCUCGGAACUUGGUUCAGAAGGCCCAGUUGGGGGACAGCCGGCUGAGCCCGGACGUGGGGCAUCUGGUACUGACCACCCUCUGCCCGGCCCUCCACGCUCUGGUGGCCGACGGGCUGAAGCCAUUCCGGAAGGACCUCAUCACCGGGCAGCGCAGGAGCAGCCCGUGGAGUGUGGUAGAGGCCUCUGUGAAACCAGGUUCCGGCACGCAGUCCUUGGGAUCCCUGUACGGCCAGGUCAGCCGCCUGGCCCCUCUGAGGAGCAGCCGCAGCCGCUUCCACGCUUUCAUCUUGGGCCUCCUCAACACCAAACAGUUGGAAUUGUGGUUUUCCAGCCUUCAGGAAGAUGCAGGCCUGCUAUCCCUCUUGUAUCUGCCCACUGGAUUCUUCUCCCUGGCCUGUGGGAGCUGUCCAUCCCUGUCUACAGAGCUACUGCUUCUCCUGCAGCCACUGUCUGUGCUCACCUUCCACCUGGACUUGCUUUUUGAGCACCACCAUCACCUGCCCCUGGGCCUGCAGCAGGCUCCAGCCCCGUCAGGGGCCCCUCCUGCCCUCCAGCAGACAAUGCAGGCCGUGCUGCACUGGGGGGGCCGCUUGGCUCAGAGUCUCCGGGGGACCUCAGGGGAGGCCACUACAGACUCUUCUGCUCCCUCAGCCCGCCCUCCACCAGGGAGCUGGUGGAGUCAGCUGACCCAAGCCUCGAGGGUCUAUGCCUCUGGGGGCACCGAGGGCUUCCCUCUUCUCCGGUGGGGACCCAGGCAUCACGGAACGACAGUCGAGGGGGCUCCUCCACCCUCAGAACAAACCGCACCAGGCAGAGGCGUGUGGUUGGGGCGGCUGUUUGGUGUGCCUGGGGUCCCCUCAGAAACUGAGAGUGGAGCCUUCAAGUCCAGGAGACCGUCCAGCUGGUUGCCCCCAAGUGUGAGUGUGCUGGCUCUGGUGAAGCGGGGGGCACCUCCUGAGGCUCCUCCUGAGGAGCCUGUGGACUCAGGAGCCAGCACAGUGCAGGCUGACAGGGCAGUCCGGGCUCUGUGUGACCACACUGCUGCAGGACCUGACCAGCUGAGCUUCCAGCGUGGGGAGGUGCUUCGUGUCAUUGCCACAGUGGAUGAGGACUGGCUUCGCUGUGGGCGCAAUGGUGUGCAGGGUCUGGUGCCAGUGGGGUAUACCUCCCUUGUUCUCUAGCUCUGGGCCUGUGUCCUUUUCCUGGGAAUGGAAUGGCUCAUGAGUACUGUUCAUGUGAACUGACCAUCCCAGAAAGUGUUUUCUUCCUUCUGCAAACCUCACUUUUCUUCCCAUAUCCAAUGCUGUGGACAGUUAAAAUGAAUCUUCCUUCUUCCUUCAACACCUACCAAUAAGGUGGAAUCUGCUCUUGCAAAUAUGUAAAAAGACCUUCCUGUCCACAGUACUCUCUCCUCCAUCUGCACAAGAGAACAGCACCUUUCCUAUCUGCCAAUCAGUAUCUCCCCCUCUGUCCACUCAAGUGGGCCGUGUCAGCACAGUACACAGCUUUUGCCUCCAAGCACUCAGGACCUCGGCCUCCGUAUUGUCUACUCCUAGCCCUUGUUGCCUGUAGUUAAGGUGUCCCCUGCCGUGCUGAGUGCUAGAUGGACGCCUGGACGCCCUGGCGGGUGGGCCAGUGGCACUGGUCUGCCUUCCCUUACUUGUCCCAAUAAAGCGUGGGAGUUGAACAGA